UCCAACGAGACUUCCAAUGCAUGCCAUUAUACCUGUCCCGUUUUAACGGGAAAGAAUCCGAGGGAGAGAUAAGGAGGGAUAUGUUUCUUAUUCGAGUGGUCUUUCUGAGAAAAGUCAGUCUCGGAUUGAGAGUCGAAGGCGACGGACGUUUUUGAGGUUAAACCAAUUUUGUGGGUUUAUUUUUCGAUUGUUUUUUUUUUGUGAAUAUUUGUGACUUGAAGUGUCUGUGUUGUGUUCAGGAAUUCCGUUUAAGAUCACAAUAAUGAAAGCGGUGUAGAACUCAAAACCAUGGGAGCAACAUACAUCGAAGACGAAGAAAAAGCAAUCUGCGACGAUAAAAUGGCACACAGACUGCCAACCUUACACGAAAUCAAGACUAACGCAAGACAAAAGACAGAUUUCAAAAUCAUCACAAUGAAGAAUAGUAUACAAUAUAAUAAUUUCGGAUAUAAAGAAGAAUUGACGAGAAGAAUGAGGAAAGAAUAUAGAUGUUACAAUCUAUGCUUCCUCAGUGUGUGUCUUAGUUUUAUUCUAGGAUUAACAAUAGGGAUAGUCCUGAUGAAAACUUCCCAAAAUAUAACAAGAAGAGUUACUAUAAAUAGCAGUAAAGACUUAAGAACACUAAAUUCAUUUAAACAUGAAGCUAAGACUGAUUUUGAUGUAAAAGUUGACGAAAACAAAUAUGAUACAGUAACUGCUGGUCAUAAGUAUAAUAAAGAUGUUUACCCUAAAAGCUUAACAGAAGAUAUGAAGGAAAUACUGAAGGACAACAAAUCUCAUCACAGACAUGUGAUAGCACAUAUUAUUAAUAGUACUAAGUCUUAUGUUCCUAGUGAUCAAACUGUGUUGUAUAAUAAUGUGUAUUGGGGUCCCGAAGUUGAAGAUUCAAUGCCGCAAGGAUAUGGAGAGAGUAGUGGAGAGUUGUGGGAGGAAUACGUCGGUGAAAGUGAAGUAGUACAGAUGAAACCAGGGUGUGGUCGUAUGCAGAAUCGACUAGUCAUCUUCAAAGAUGGAUCCCAAGCCUGCGUCAGAUACAGGCAAAACACGGAUCAAAUUCAAGGCGAAAUCUUCAGUUUCUACGUGGCAAAGUUAAUGAAUUUAACCAAUUUGGCGCCUUCGGUAUUGAAAAUCGUCGAUUUAAAAGAUAAACUUUGGGCUAACGUGGCGAAUGAUAUAGCAACAGCGCAAUGGAAUAGUAACAGAGCCGUGGUUUUAACUCAAUAUAUACCAAGCUUGGAAUCCGCAACGAUACCAGACAUUUUCAAACCGGCCAAUAGACAUUUGAAUAAACAUGACGUACUCAAAAUGUCUUUGAAAGAAAGCGAAGCGCCUAAAGAAAUUCUAAUAGAAAAACUAAAGACGAAAACUGUGAAAGUGAAAAAAGCUGACAAUUUUGAUCAUAUCGAUGUGAAAUUAAAUAAGAAAACCAUAGAUACAUUUGUAGAGCUAGCUCAAUGGUCUGAUCUCAUAAUUUUCGAUUACCUAACAGCAAAUUUAGACAGGAUUGUUAAUAAUCUUUUUAAUUACCAAUGGAAUAUAAAUAUUAUGGACGGACCAGCUCACAAUUUGGCUAGAAAAAUGGAUAGUGGACUGCUUUUGUUUUUAGACAACGAAUCGGGACUUUUACACGGUUAUAGACUUUUAAAGAAAUAUAAUGUGUACCAUAGUUUAAUGUUAGACAAUUUGUGUGUAUUUAGGAGGACCACGAUAGAUGCUUUGAAGAGAUUGUACGAAAUGAAAGCGAUUGGUGUGAAAUUAAGUGAUAUGUUUCAUAAGAAAAAUAGCGCUGUAAUAAGAGAUAUUUUACCGCCUUUACCAGAGAAGAAUGCUAAGAUUUUACACGAGAGAAUAGGUAAAGUUUUGAGCCAAGUUCAAAAAUGUGAGCUAACUUUCUCUAACAGAUAGUGAAUACGUGGAUUUAGGAAACGAUUCAAAAUGU